CUCUUUGGGGUCUUCAUGGCCAUGUACAUGGUGGCCCUGGUGGGCAACUUGCUCAUCUUACUGCUGGUCGGUCUGGACUCCCGGCUCCACACACCCAUGUACUUCUUCCUGGGGAAUUUGUCUGUGGUGGACAUUGGCUACACGCAGGACCAGUCCAUCUCUUGGGAUGGCUGCCUCUGCCAGAUGUUCUUCUUCAUCUCCUUCGGUGGGAUGGAGUGCCUGAUUCUGGGGGUAAUGGCCUACGACCGCUAUGUGGCCAUCUGCCACCCACUGCACUACGGCGUGGUCAUGAGCAGGUGGCUGUGCGCCCUGCUGGCUGCAGCCGCCUGGGUGACGGUGGUCAGCCUCUACUUCGGCACCAUCAUCUUCACCUACAUCCGCCCCAACACCACCUACUCGCAGGAGCAGGACCGGGCGCUGCCCGUGAUCUACGGCGUCGUCAUUCCCAUGCUCAACCCCAUCAUCUACAGCCUGCGGAACAAGGACGUGAAGGGGGCUCUCCAGAAAGCCCUGGGCAGGGCCGUUCCUGUCUCCGCAUCAGCGGGGGAGCUGCCAGAGAGCGAAACUGAUUCCGCUGCUAAGCGGCUGCCAUCGCACAGUGCCCUGAGGAGCGACAUGCCCAACGGCACCACGGCAACCGAGUUCCUGCUCCGGGGCUUCUCCGACGUCCGGGAGCUGCAGAUUCUGCACUUUGUGGCCUUCCUGGCGAUCUACCUGGCCGCCCUGAUGGGGAACCUGCUCAUCCUCUCGGCCGUGGCCCUCGACCGCCGCCUCCAUACCCCCAUGUACUUCUUCCUGGUCAACCUCUCCCUCCUGGACCUCGGCGCCAUCUCCGUCAUCGUCCCCAAGUCCAUGGCCAACUCCCUCACCCGCUCCCGGCGCAUUUCCUACCGCGGCUGCGUCGCCCAAGUCUUUCUCUUCCUCUUCUUCGCCACCACGGAGCUCCCGCUGCUCACCGCCAUGGCCUACGACCGGUACGUGGCCAUCUGCCGCCCGCUGCACUACGAGCGCAUGAUGGACCGGGCAGCCUGCACCCGCUUGGCCGCCCGGGCCUGGGCGCGCAUCGCCUACAUCAAGCCCCCCUCCGGCGCCAGCUCCGGGCUGGACCUGGUCGUAGCCGUGCUCUACUCCGUGGUGCCGCCCAUGCUGAACCCGGCCAUCUACAGCAUGAGGAACGCGGAGCUCAAAGGCGAGAGCGGGGCCAUCGCGGUGAGCGUCUGCUUCGCCUUGGGCUGCUUCGUGCUCAUCGUCGCGUCCUACGCGCUCAUCCUGCGCACGGUGCUGCGCAUCCCCUUGGAGCAGGGCCGGCGCAAGGCCUUCUCCACCUGCCUGCCCCACCUCGCCGUGGUCUCCCUGUUCGUGGGCACGGCCAGCAUCGCCUACAUCAAGCCCCCCUCCGGCGCCAGCUCCGGGCUGGACCUGGUCGUAGCCGUGCUCUACUCCGUGGUGCCGCCCAUGCUGAACCCGGCCAUCUACAGCAUGAGGAACGCGGAGCCCAAAUCC